AUGUACUUCCAGGGCGGUGACCUUUUGUUUACUGUUCGUGUAGUCAAAAAUAGACAUAACUGCUGGCUGUCAAAACCAUAUUCCCCUUUUAAUUCUGUUAUUUAGAGCUUCGGUCCCUGAUAAGUCGAUCUUUUUUUAACAUGAAUUCCGCCACAGCAGACAUCUUUCGACAUUUUUUUAUUGAGAGCGAUUUUCCCAGACGGAGGCUACAACAAGUUAGCUAGCUAGCUUGUUCGCUGCUAAAGAUCGUCGGGGCUCCCUCCCUAAGUUACUGUUGUACUGUCCAACCGGUGUGCGUAACGCCAGGCUCUCAGGCAGGUGGACGCUACAGACUAAAAACGGAGCUGUUUUACUGCAGAGCUUUAUUUUUCCCGUGGUGGAAAAAGACACCAGUCUCAGUUACAUAAGCUAAAAUUGUGAGUGUUUUGGUUUUUUUGUAAGCCAUGGCCUGUAGUUUCCUAAACACGGAUGAGGCAUCUCCGCCGGCUCUCACAGACCUGUGCCUGAACCAUGUGAGCCAAAAUCUGGAGUGUUUCUGUGUGAAGCGCCCGGAUGGCUCCCUGUGCUUCAGAGAGGCUGUACUCUUCCCGCAGGAGCUAGCAGACCAGCUGCUGGCCAAGAUGGCCACUGAAGGUCUGUUGAAUGACAGCACAGCGGGUGUAUUUCGUAACUGUGAAUACAUGCGGCUGAGACGAGCCUGCAUCCGUACAGCACGUAUCUCUGCAGAGGCCUUCCAGAAAGCCCUCUGCCCUCACAGACUGUUGGAGCUGGAUGCUGCCAGGGUCAAUGCAGACCUUACUAUUCCUGAUAUUCUACAGGGACUGGCAACCAAUAAAUACUGCCAGGAGUCUCUCCAGCGACUUGUCUUAACAGGUCUCACCAUGUCCUCUCUGGAGGAACCAAUUCGGUAUCGCUUCAGCUCCCUCCCGGGUCUCCGCUCCCUUUCUCUAGCCAACGUAGACUUCUACGACUCUGGCCUUGUCGACGUGUGUUCCCUGCCUCGGCUGGAGAGCCUCGAUCUCUCCAACACUUCAGUUACCAACCUGAGCCCACUGCUGGGCCUGAAGGAGCGGCUGCGCUCACUAACACUGCACCAGCUGAAAAGGCUGGAGAUGAGCACUGCUCAGCUGCUGGGAGUCAUAGGCCAGUUAGAUGUAUUACAGCACCUGGACAUCAGUGAUGAUAAACAGUUUACCUCUGACGUGGCUCGUCAACUGCUUGGACAGCCGGGAAUCCUGCCCGCUCUUGUUUCCCUGGAUGUGUCGGGGAGGAAACAGGUCACAGAUGCAGCUGUUAAGGCAUUUGUUGAGGAGAGACCAGGGAUGACCUUUGUGGGACUUCUGGCCACCGAUGCUGGAUUUUCUGACUUCCUCUCUGGACAAGGAAAUCUAAAGGUAACAGGAGAAGCCUACGAGACCCAGAUCUGUGAGGCCCUGCGCCGCUACAGUGAGAGGGAAGGUUUCGUGAGAGAAGCUCUGUUUCAUCUGUUCAGCCUGACCCAUGUCAUGGAGAAACCGAGGCCCGACAUCCUCAAGCUGGUAGUUUUGGGCAUGAAGAAUCACCCUGCCACUCUGAAUGUCCAGCUGGCAGCCAGUGCCUGUGUGUUCAACCUGACAAAGCAGGACCUGGCGGCAGGAAUGCCAGUACGACUGUUGAGUACCGUCACUCAGCUUCUGCUGGAGGCCAUGAGGACGUUCCCUAACCACCAACAGCUGCAGAAGAAUUGCCUGCUGUCUCUGUGCAGCGAUCGCAUUUUGCAGGAGGUUCCAUUCAACAGGUUUGAAGCUGCCAAACUAGUGAUGCAGUGGCUCUGCAACCAUGAAGACCAGAACAUGCAGAGGAUGGCUGUGGCUAUCAUUUCCAUACUGGCUGCUAAGUUGUCCACAGAGCAGACGGCUCAGCUGGGAGCAGAGCUGUUCAUAGUUAAGCAACUACUCCACAUUGUGCGUCAGAAGGCCACUCAGGGCGUGGUGGACGCCACCCUCAAAUUCACGCUGAGUGCUCUCUGGAACCUCACUGAUGAAUCCCCAACAACCUGCCGCCAUUUUAUUGAGAACCAGGGCCUGGACCUGUUUAUUAAAGUUUUAGAGUCCUUCCCCAAUGAGUCCUCUAUUCAGCAGAAGGUUCUCGGUCUGCUGAACAACAUAGCCGAGGUCGGGGAGCUGCACGUGGAGCUGAUGGUGCAGGGGUUCUUGGACCACAUCAGCACCCUGCUGCACAGCUCAGAGGUGGAGGUCAGCUACUUCGCCGCGGGCAUCCUCGCACAUCUGACGUCACGAGGAGAGGCAACGUGGACACUCAGCUCCGAGCUUCGAUCCACACUGCUGGAGCAGCUGCAUAAUGUUAUUAUGAAGUGGCCGGCGCCUGAUUGUGAAAUGGUGGCGUACAGGUCCUUUAACCCCUUCUUCCCCCUACUGGAGUGCUUUCACACCCCCGGCGUCCAGCUCUGGGCGGCCUGGGCCAUGCAGCAUGUCUGCAGCAAGAACGCCACUCGCUACUGCAGCAUGUUGUUGGAGGAGGGCGGCCUGCAGCAGCUGGAGCUCGUUCAUACAAACCCGCAGACCCACAAAGAUGUCAAACUGUUGGCUAAGAGCAUUCUGGAGAGCCUGCAGCGCCACAGAGCCCGCACCGGCCAGCCUGCACGAACACACACAAGUCGCCACCUGCCGCCACAAUAACCUCACAGAGAAAAUGAGGCUCCCUGACCAAGAUCAGGACAUAAGCUGGGUCCCAGAGGAGGCCUGUGUGCAUAUCCCAAGCACAAGCACACUUUUAUCAAGAAUCCCAAGAAAGUAAACCUUAAAGGACAAACUCUGCGCAAUUCUUUGCACACACACACACACUUUAUUUAUUUUCUUUGUGUUUGUCUCAAAACAAAAGAUAUUUCUGUGUGUGUGUGUGUGUGUGUGUGUGUGUGUGUGUGUGUGUGUGUGUGUGUGUGUGUGUGUG